CCGUGAGUACAAAGAUUUAAUUUUUAUUCCCUUCUUUGCUCUCUUCUUCCCCAUCCUUCGAUUCAUACUCGACAGAUUGGUUUUCGAGGUAAAUAUAUACUCUACGGAGUUUCAUGCAGAACACCUGAACCUGUUCAAAACCUAAUAUUUUGGACACAUUUAAUAUGAUUUUUGCUAUUUUAAUUUAAUUAAUUAACCGCGCUCUGAUACGCAUUGUAAGGCAUUGGCUAAGCGCAUGAUUUGUGGGAAGGACGCAAAGGUGAUAAAAAAUGGUAGUAGUAUUAAGAGGAAGAAGAUGAACAAGUUCAAGGAGUCAGCAUGGAAAUUUAUGUAUUUUCUAUCUGCAGAGAUAUUUGCACUUUAUGUUACUUAUAACGAACCUUGGUUCACAAAUACUCGAUAUUAUUGGACAGGCCCUGGAGAUCAGGUUUGGCCUGAUCUUAAAAUGAAGUUAAAGCUGAAAGGAUGGACCAUGUAUGCUGGAGGAUUUUACUUGUACUCCAUAUUUGCAUUGAUCUACUGGGAAACAAGACGCUCUGAUUUUGCUGCCCAUAUGAUUCAUCACAUAACAUCAGUUUCACUGAUUCUCUUGUCUUACAUUUUCGGGAUGGCACGUGCGGGAUCAAUGGCUGCAUUAAUUCAUGAUGGAAGUGAUGUACUGAUGGAAAUUGCUAAGAUGUCACUUUACAGUGGAUUUCAUAGCGUUGCUGAUAUUUCCUUCGCUCUUUUUGCAUUGUCUUGGCUAUUACUUCGUCUAAUCUACUUCCCAUUUUUCAUUAUCUAUAGCACAAGCUACGAAGUUCUUUUCAUAGUGGACAAGGAGAAACAACAAAAUAUAAAUGGAAUCAUACUUUACUUUGUGAUAAAUUCAAUGCUGAUAUGUUUGCUGCUGCUUCACAUAUAUUGGUGGACACUCAUAUGCCGCGUGAUUAUCAAUAUCCUGAAAAAAGGCCAAUUUGAUGACGUCCGAUCAGAUUCAGAAUCUGAAUCCGAUGAGGAUGAGCAUAAACAGAGUUGAUGCGGAUCGAAAGCUUAGAUUAUUAAAACCAUUAGCUCUUUGCAUUGUAUUUCGGAUAGUUACUUAAUGUAUAUUUUUUAGUUAUUUAAAUAUUCUGUUGUUGAAAUAAUGUUUGAAUAUAUAUGUUGUUACAACGAAUUAAUGUUAUAACAAGGUUUGACUGUAUAUCAAGGAGAUUUAUCCAAUAUAUAUAAUCAAAAUAUUUGAUUAUAUAUAUUUGAAGCCCUUGCCU